AUGACACAAGAAUUGGAUAAAUGGGCUACACAAGCAUAUAAUGAAAAUAAAGAUAACAUGGAGGAUGUGUUGAACUUACUUAGGAUUGCAAUCGAUAAUGAUGAGAUGCCAAAAGCAAAAGAGUUGUUGCAAGUAAACAAAAAAACCAAAAAAGGAUCAAAUCCGAUCAAACGACCUUCAAAUUCGAAUAUAAUCUACACCAAUCAACUGGCAAAGUUUGGUUUAUUAGAUAUAAUCAGGAGAUUUUGUGAUGAUAAUGGUAUUAAUAAACAAAAAUUAGUACCAAUUUCAAAAAAGAUUAGUAAUAUUUUGUGGAAAGAAUUGUCAACCGUACACCAGAAAUUUUUCGAAGAAUUAGCUUCAGAAGUUAAAAAGGAACAUGAAGCGAUGUAUCCAUCCUAUAAAUAUCAGCCCAAAAGAAAACCAAAUAAUCACGAUAAAUUUAAACAAUGGGAUCAUAAUGAAUCUAAAACAAAACCAAUUGAUUCAGUGGAUUGUAUUCCUUCUCCUAUGAAUAAUACGCCUGUCUCUCGUCAUGAAGAACUCGAUGAUGAACAUCAAGAAUAUCGUGAAGACGAAGAACUUGAUGAUGAACAAAUUCGUGAAGUUGAAGAAGAACCUGAUGAUGAAGAUAUUUACGAAGAGGAAUCUGACGAUGAAACUUACGAACCAACAGACGACUCUUUAACAGAUAGUCCUCCAAAAUUUCGGGAACCUACUCCGGCAACCCCUCUAAAUUAUGAAAAACCUUCAUCAUCAUCCGAGCCAUCAUCCCCCUCUACUACCAAUAAUAAUGAUGAUUAUGAUAAUUAA